AGUGCUGUGUUUGGGGCGGGGGAAUCUUUUCGCGGUGACGCGAUGAUGAAUAAGAUCUAUCUCCGCCCUCGAUGACCGUUGUGCGUCUGCGCACUGGUUCUGUGUUGAGGGCGGGCAGAAGUAGGUGUAACACCGGAACCAGCGUUUUAUGAUCAGUAAGGAAAGUUUUGAGUUGAGUGCUGAUUGUUUUUUUCUGAGUCUUAAUCUUGACGGCUGAGAAUAAUUAUAUAUCAGAAUCACUGUCUUUGAGGACGCGAAGUCGCUGUUGCUGUGAUAACACCAUGGGACAGGGUUGGACGGUGAUGGAGACUGCAUUUAGAAGCUGCUACAAUGUCACCAGAUCACCUUGAGGAUCCCUAUUUUGGCAAGAAGCAUUUAAUGUCUGCUGUCUAGAUCUACAUAUGAUAAAAUCAUUUAAGACUGAUUUUUAAAUAUAUACAUUUCAGAUUGUUGGGCUCCUUGAUUUAAUUAAAGCUAAGAGUGUCAAGUCAGUGAUCCGACAUGUUCACCUGCGAUAUUUGUGGACAAAGUGGCCUGUCGGAACCAGACAUGAGGACACACAUUCUUAUUAUGCAUGAAGAAAAUGAGUACAAUUGUCCAAUCUGUAAUCUAUCAGUGAUCAGUUUUGAUGAAUUAAUGUUCCAUAUAGAGACUUCCCACAGUGAAGUGACACCUGUAGAUGAUAGGACACUCUGUUCCACUGAUAAAGAAAAGGAUCUCGAUGCUUCACUUAAGACCAAUAGGUUGGCUCAAUUAAAGCAUAAAACAGCUCCAGAACAAAAUGAACUUGAAGUGGACAAAGUGGAAGAGCCAAAACCCGAACAUCUUCAGAUGUCUUGCUCUACUUUACCUUCUAGUUGUGAGAGACCAUUUAGACAAAACAUAACAAGAAAGAGUGAAUCUAAAAGAUUAAUGCAACCAGUAGCUGUAAAUGGACAUUUUUCAAGAAGUGUUUGGAGGCAACCUGAGCAAACAUUAUGUGAUAACAACCAUAGCGGAUCAAAAGACAAUGGACUUUGUAGCACUUCUGAAGAAUCUGUGAAAUUUGAUGCUCCGGAAUGUCCUUUUUGUGGCCUAAUAGGAAAUUCAGGAGAGGAUCUAAAUGAACAUGUUAAAACCAGUCAUUCUGAGUUGCUGGAAACUCCUCAAAAAGGUUGUGGAAAGCAGGGACUGUAUCCAUGUCCCAUGUGCAAACUAGUAUUUGCAAAUUGUUGGAUUCUGCAGGAACAUGUUGAGUUGCAUUUAGCUGAGAGCAGAGCUGAAGAAUGUGUCCUGGCUGAUCGUCAAUUUGCUCAAAGACUACAGGAAGAUGAGGAAAGACAAAGAAAAGCUUUUGAAACAAAAAGAGAACGGGAGGAAUUUCAAAAACUUCGGCAAUAUGGGUUAGAUAAUCAUGGAGGAUACAAACAACAGAUAAUGCACAAUAUGGAGAGGGCCGUGGCACGGGGUCAGAUGAAUCCUGCAGAGUACCAUCGCAGAAGAGCAGAAAUAAUGGAGACGUUAGUAGUUGGAGAAGAUGAUGGCAGAACUAGAACUUCAGGGCUAAUAAGGGCGCUAAAUGAAUAUUAUCAGCGAAAUGGUGCAGAAAUAAGGCAUGUGUUUUUGUGUGCAGAAACAGAUCACUAUCAUGCCUCUUUAGGAGACAAAGGCUGGGGAUGUGGAUACCGAAACUUUCAAAUGCUUUUUUCCUCACUUAUGAAGAUGGAAGGAUAUAAGCGUGAAUUACAUGACCUUGUUAUCCCUUGCAUUCCAAAACUUCAGUCUAUGAUAGAAGAAGCAUGGAAAGAUGGGUUUGACCCUCAAGGUGCUGCACAUUUUCAAAAUAAACUGCAGGGCACUCGAGCUUGGAUUGGAGCAACAGAAAUCUAUUCUUUAUUGACCUUUCUAAGGAUAAAGUGUCAAAUAGUUGAUUUUCAUCAUCCCACUGGACCAUCAGACACACAUCCUCGUUUGUUUGAGUGGCUAAGGCAAUUCUAUUCUUCAGGCAGAGAUGCAGGGCCACGGUUACAACCUAGGGUUAUAUGGACAAACAAGCCACCGAUCUAUCUACAACACCACGGUCACAGCCGAACUAUUAUAGGCAUAGAAGAAAGGAACAAUGGAAAACUUUGCCUUUUGAUUUUUGAUCCUGGCAACCAUGAAAUGCAGAAACUUUUGGGCCGUGAUAUGACUGGAGUCAAUCUGAAAAUGAUUCGUAGGUUUAUUGGAAGUAUGAAACAUAAACAAUAUCAGAUAGUGGCAAUAAAUGGUUUUCUAUCAAUGGAAGAGAAAAACGCUCGGAAGCAUGCAUCUGCAGUGCUGACAGCAGAAAAGGUGCCGUAAUGAAAUUCUUCAUACUUGGAUUCACUGUGCAAGAUAUUUAAGAUUUUCUUUGCAUACAUCUUUGCUUGUGUCAAAAGUAAGUUUCAGUUUAUACAUCUUCCUUUUUUGAUCUUGGAAUUAUAUAAAUGAUGUUUAAUGUGAGACCUUAGAUAUUCAAAAUUGACAUUGAUCCCUCAUAAUAUGCUGGAUAAAAUGGUGGCAGUCUUAAAGCUUGCUAAAAUGGGCUGCAACUAUCUGUAACAAGUUACAUCUCUUAACUCAUGAGCAUAUCUAAGAAUUUUUGAGAGUUUGAGUGCAGUUCAAACUCUCCUUUUCUUCCUGACUUGAUAUAAGCCCUGCAUUGUUCUCUACUGGAAAUGGUAGUGAUACUUAUCAGUGCUCCUUUGUGCAGAUAAAAGCCGUAUGUUAAACUUUAGAAGAUUGAGGCCUACUUGAUGAAUCUGUAAAUAUAGCCGCUAAGGUUUGCUUGUGUAUAUGUUUUGUACUUUUUCUACAUAAAUUGCAUAUUAUUGCAAAGAAAUGAACUUGAAAAUAUGGUCCAAUAACUGGAAAGUUAUUUAAUAUUUUAAUUUCCCAUUGCACCUGUAUAACAGACAAAUAAACAUUUUGAAUUAGUUUA